GCCCCUCCACUUCCGCUUCCGCCGCCGUCCCCGGAAGCGCCGCCUGCCGCCGCCGCUGCCGCCGCCAUGGCCUCAAGGUUACUGCGGGUGAGCGCGGCCCUGCGGCUGCUGCCCGCCGCCGCCGCCCGCGCCGCGCCCGCCCGCUGCCUCGCCGUCCCUGGCGGCCUGGCCAGCGAUGAGGAGCAGGCGACGGGGCUGGAGCGGAAGGUGAUGGAGGCCAUGAACAAGGGCCUGGACCCCUACAGCAUGUUCCGGCCCAAGCGCUACGCGGGGACCAAGGAGGACCCCAACCUCGUCCCCUCCAUCACCAACAAGCGCAUCGUGGGCUGCGUCUGCGAAGAGGACAACAGCUGCGUCGUCUGGUUCUGGCUGCACCAGGGGGAGGCCCAGCGCUGCCCCUCCUGCGGCGCCCACUACAAGCUCAUCCCUCACGAGCUGCCCCACUGAGGGACUCCCCGGACCCCCCAGCACCCACGGAGGGGCCCAUGGGUCACACCGACCCCCCCAGCACCCACUGGGCAUCGUCUGGGCCGAGCUGAGCCGCCCCCACUGUGUGUGUCCCCCAUAAAGAGUUUGUGUGUGAGA